CUGUAUGAUAGAUCAGAUGGCUGAAAUCCAUUAGACUUUCACUAAGGGCUGCAUUUCCUCUUGAUUUUUCUCCACCCACGAGUUCUUUCACUCGGUUAUUGUUCUUUGUCACAAAUGGAAAGCCGGCGCGACCCGCUGAGUGUUGCAGAUGACCGUUCAGGGGUCCAAAAGGAAAUAUAAAGAGAUUCAGUUUUACUUUGAGGAUUGGGGAUAUAUUUCCAGUUGCCAAAUCUAGCCAUCAUAAAUUCAACUCGACGACAAAAUUCAUAUGGCUGGAUAUCCGCUUGGGGAUUCUUUAUUCCAUAGAAUGGAUAAAAAUGGACAGCCUAAAAGUUCUGAGGGGGAACUUGAUAAUUAUGGGGCCAGGUGGUACUUUUCAAGGAAGGAAAUUGAAGAGAAUUCUCCAUCAAGGAGGGAUGGCAUUGAUCUGAAGAAAGAAGCAUAUUUCCGGAAGACAUAUUGCACUUUCUUGCAGGAUUUGGGCAUGAGACUUAAAGUACCACAGGUGACAAUAGCUACUGCAAUAGUAUUUUGUCAUCGAUUUUUCCUUCGCCAAUCACAUGCAAAGAGUGACAGGAUGACAAUUGCAACGGUUUGUAUGUUCCUUGCUGGAAAGGUUGAAGAAACUCCUCGCCCACUUCGGGAUGUAAUUCUAAUUUCAUAUGAGGUUAUUCAUAAAAAGGAUCCAUCUACUGUCCAGAGAAUUAAGCAGAAGGAAGUUUAUGAACAGCAGAAGGAGCUCAUCUUAUUGGGGGAAAGACUCGUUCUUGCUACUCUUGGUUUUGAUCUGAAUUUACUCCAUCCAUAUAAACCUCUUGUAGAAGCUAUAAAAAAAUUUAAGGUGGCCCAAAAUGCUCUUGCUCAAGUAGCAUGGAAUUUUGUCAACGACGGGUUGCGGACAUCAUUGUUUUUGCAGUUUAAGCCACACCAAAUAGCUGCCGGCGCCAUUUUUCUAGCAGCUAAGUUUCUUAAAGUGAAGCUUCCAUCUGACGGCGAGAAGGUUUGGUGGCAAGAAUUCGAUGUUACGCCAAGGCAGCUCGAAGAUGUCAGCAAUCAAAUGCUAGAACUUUACGAGCAAAACCGUGCUGCACAACCAUCUCAUGGUAAUGAAGCUGAGAGCAGCAGCGCAGCUGGAACCGCCGGUACUGCUGGAUCUGUUAAUCCACCGGCGGCAUCCUCAGCUGUCUGCAAGAAUCCAGCUCCAUUAAACGCUCGGGAAGCAGCACAAAUUCCUCAAAAUAAGCCCCAUGGAACACAGCAGGCAAAUAUUGAUGGUAACUCUGUUUUUCCUCAUGAAGCACAGAAUUACAGCAAUGAACAUUUGACUGUUGAUAAUAAGAGCAAUUCCUGGGAACACAAUAAGGAUGGUGACGGGAAAGACGUUCAAAACUAUGAAGCUGUAAGUGGGGCCACUAGCGAGAAGGACAAUGCUGUGGAAGCCAUGACGAAGAUUGACAAGGAUAAAGUAAAAGCAGCUCUGGAGAAGCGGCGAAAGCUCCGAAAUGUUUCAUCAAAGAAAAAUGCGGUUUUUGACGAGGAUGACCUUAUUGAAAGGGAGCUUGAGUGGUUUCGGUGGAUAGGAUACGAAAGGAGGAGAGAGAGAGCUGGCCCAAACCCCUCCUCCGUCGGCCAGGGCAACCACCUCAGCAGGGAAGGUUGA